AUGGAGGUGAGGUGUCCUCAUGGAGAUGUCCCCAAGAAAAAGAUGUGUCCCCAUGGAGGUGUCCCUGUGGAAAUGAAGCGGCCGCAUGGAGAUGUCCUUGUGGAGAUGAGGUGUCCCCAUGGAGGCGUCCCCCUGGAGGUGAGGUGUCCACAUGAAGAUGUCCCCAUGGAAGUGGCGUCCUCAUAGAGAAGUCCCCAUGGACGUGAUGUGUCCCCAUGGAGGUAUCUGUGGCCUCCACCAUGCCCUCGAGGAUGACGACGAUCUCAAAAUCGUCCUUCUCCAGCUGGUGCCGCGAGACGUCCCAGAAGGGGCUGCGCUCGUCGAUCUCGUGGCUGAUGAUGAGGGGCGAGACGAGGAAGAGGCGGUCGUCGCCCGUCUCGAAGCCCACGCUCAGGUCGGUCUGGUCCAGGGGGAUGAACUCGCCCUCCUGCGUCUGCUUGGACUUGAUGAGCUUGGCGCGGAUGGAGGCCUCCACGAUGUGCGAGUCCCGCAGGUCGCCCACGCGAAACAUCAGGCAGAGGCGGUCGUCCCGCAGCGACACCACGGCGUGCGAGGAGAAGACCAAGGUCUCGGCGCGCUUGUUGGGCUGCGAGAUCUUCACAAACAUGCAGCCCACCAUGAAGGCGUUGACCAUGGAGCCCAGGAUGGCCUGGAGCAGCAGCAGCACGAUGCCCUCGGGACACUUGUCGGUGAUGACGCGGUGGCCGUAGCCGAUGGUGGUCUCCGUCUCGAUGGAGAAGAGGAAGGCGGAGACGAAGCCGUUGAGGUUGUUGACGCAGGGCGUCCAGGCGUGGUCCUCCAGGUGGUCCAGGUCGCCACGGCAGUAGGCGAUGAACCACCAGAUGAGGCCGAAGAAGAGCCAGGUGACGGCGUAGGCCAGGAUGAAGACGAGGAGGCUGAAGCGCCACUUGAGGUCCACCAGGGUGGUGAAGAUGUCGGUGAGGUAGCGAUGACGUCGGCCACAAAGGUGUACUACAGCCAGACCACGCAGACCGACAGCCGCCCGCUCAUCGGCUCGGGCCUGCGCCGGCGCCGGGUGAUGACCAAGGAUGGCCGCAGCAACGUGCGGAUGGAGCACAUCGCCGACAAGCGCUUCCUGUACCUCAAGGACCUGUGGACCACCUUCAUCGACAUGCAGUGGCGCUACAAGCUGGUGCUCUUCUCUGCCACCUUCGCCGGCACCUGGUUCGCCUUCGGCGUCGUCUGGUACCUGGUGGCCGUGGUGCACGGGGACCUGCUGGAGUUCGACCCACCGGCCAACCACACGCCCUGCGUCAUGCAGGUCCACACGCUCACCGGCGCCUUCCUCUUCUCCCUGGAGUCGCAGACCACCAUCGGCUACGGCUUCCGCUACAUCAGCGAGGAGUGCCCGCUCGCCAUCGUGCUGCUCAUCACCCAGCUGGUCCUCACCACCAUCAUGGAGAUCUUCAUCACCGGCACCUUCCUGGCCAAGAUCGCCCGGCCCAAGAAGCGGGCGGAGACCAUCAAGUUCAGCCAAAACGCCGUGGUGGCGCAGCACAACGGCAAGACCUGCCUCAUGAUCCGCGUGGCCAACAUGCGCAAGAGCCUCCUCAUCGGCUGCCAGGUGACGGGCAAGCUCCUGCAGACCCACCUCACCAAGGAGGGCGAGAGCGUGCGGCUCAACCAGGUCAACGUGGACUUCCAGGUGGACACGUCGUCCGACAGCCCCUUCCUCAUCCUGCCCCUCACCUUCUACCACGUAGUGGACGACGCCAGCCCCUUCCGGGACAUGGCCCUGCGGACGGGCGAAGGCGACUUCGAGCUGGUGGUGAUCCUCAGCGGCACCGUGGAGUCCACCAGCGCCACGUGCCAGGUGCGCACGUCCUACCUGCCCGAGGAGAUCCUCUGGGGCUACGAGUUCACCCCCGCCAUCUCCCUCUCGGCCAGCGGCAAGUACGUGGCCGACUUCAGCCUCUUCGACCAGGUGGUGAAGGUGGCAGUGCCCUGCUGCGUCCACGAGACCGUGCGGUUCGGGGACCCCGAGAAGGUGAAGCUGGAGGAGUCCUUGCGGGAGGCGGCGGAGCGGGAGCGGGAGGGAGCGCCGCUGAGCGUCCGCAUCAGCAACGUCUGAGAUGCCGCCAGCCCCUGGAGAUGCCACCAGCGCGGGGAGACGCCACCGGCUCUUCCCCCCCUUCCCGGCUCUCACCAUCCUCCUGGGCCUUUCCCUCCUUCCUCGUGGCACGGGGCUGCCCCAGGACCCGCGUGGGUGCUUGCCCACCGGUGGGACCACGUCCCCCUCGUCCCAGCCCACGUGGGGACGGGGCUGUCCCCGUCCCCCUCACCUAACGCUCUGCUAACACCAGCCAGAGACCCCCAGCCCCUCUGCGCAGCCAGGAGGAAGGUGGACACAAUCCUGCCGGGAGACGCUGUCCCUGGGGUGGGGGGCACAUGGCCACCCCCAGCCCCUGGGGACACGGUUUCUCACCAGCUGGGAGCUGCCUCGCUGCUCAAUCCCGCCCCAGGGAGCCAGGAGGAGCGGGACGGCUCCGUGCCAAGGGGGGAAACUGAGGCAGGACCCCCACACACACACCGAGGCUGCCCCCAGAGCCGGGGCCCCCUCCCCACGCUGCCCCCCGGCCCCCUGCCUGCAGGAUGGGGACAUGGGGGUGUCACCGAUAAUCGGACACGGCCGUGGCGCCGCGUCCCCGCUCGAGCCGCCACAGGCCUCGAGCACGUCGCUGCUGCUAACGUAGAGCCUCUGCCUAUUAACGCGCCUCACCGGGCAGCCCCGCGGCUCGGGGCUGAUCCUCCCUCGCUGCACUGAGUCCAGGUUAUAUACACACGUGUAUAUAUAUAGUGCGACUAAUCUCUAUAUAUAUAAAUGGGGAAGAAAGGUUUCACCCCUGGAAAGACUCACUCAUUCGAGCCCUGCUUCUGCUGGGGGCACCUCGGGGUCUCGGCCUCGAUUUGGGGGAGAAAAGAAAAGUUACUAAAUAAAAGUUCUAUUGACAGGCAGAAAGGGCUCUGCCCGUGCGCUCGCAGCGAUGCUGAGACAUCCCCGUGCCCAGGGGUCCCAGUUGGGGUGUCCCCCGCGUGCCACAAGUGGCCGGCGGUCCCCUCCUGCUCAGGGCUCAGCCCCAGUGGUGUCACUGUCCCCAGGGAAGGCUCCGAGCACUCGGUACAAGAACGCAGGUUUAUUGAUGUUUUUCCAGCGACAGCCACCAACAUCAUCGCACAGGUGGUUACAAGAGAACGGCCCCCAGUACGGGGGGCAACUGGCACCAGUGGCCAGCUGGGACUGGCGCUGGGAGAUGCACUCCCACCCCUGACCCCCAGGAGAGACCCUGGGAGAGGGGGUUCCACCCCCAGCACCCCCCCACGGCCACGGCCCCUCCGAGGACGCGGCACUGUCCCUGAGCAGCCACCACGCCCCUGCGUGGGGACAAGGCACAGGACCCCGAUGGGACCUCGGGGCAGCAAGGCACCGGUUGGAGAGGGUGGGGUUUGGGGAGGAAGGACGCUACCCCCAAAAAAAUCAAGGGGGUAGGGACAGACACAAGGGACAAGGUAGCACUUAAAAAAAAAAAAAACACCAAAAAAUAGUUAAAAAUCACAGCUACAGUAAUUA